AAUACAUGCUAACAUUUGGAGCUGACGAGAUUACUAUGUCAUGUGUUUUUAUCAGAAUGGUUAAACGAAAUGAAGCAAGGAUUGUAUUUUUUAGUGGUUCUAGCUUUAGUUAAUGACGUUUUGAGUCAAAAUAAUGAAGAGAGUAAAUUUCCCGUUGUUAAAAGCAGACAAAAACGGUAUGUCGCUUUUCCCGAGGGUUCCACUUUUAUUGCUACCCUCUGUUUCUUUACGAACUUAGUUAUUCCUGUAGGGCUGUUUUAUGAGGGUGUCAAUUGGGGUAUUUCUUACGAUCUGCCUAAUGCCACCACAGUCAAGGAAGUGUUUAAUUCAAAUAAAUAUGCUUUGAAAAGACGACAAAGAAGAGAUUUGUACAACAGAUUUGAAACAGUCUUAGAAAAAAUGGGAUAUACAGGAAAGCAGUGUAUAUAUAAAGCGUUGUGUGAAGCUCCAAGAAAACUUAAUAAGAAAAACAAUACUUUAGGAAAAGAAAUACUCAACUUAUUUUUUAAAUACCCCUUAAAAAGACUUUCUCACCAAGAACCAGACGAUCACAGAAAAUAUCACUGGGCAAGAAGAUAUAGUUUAGAGAAUACUCACCUAGACUGCAUGGAUCUAUUUCCUGACUGUAGUAUUUCCAUUGUAGAUAUAAUGACAGGGAUAAAAUAAAAAAUUAAAAUAAAAAAAUAAUAAUAAAACCAGUAAUAAUUUUGUUAAAAAAUAUAACGAAUGUGAUAAUUAUAUAAUAUGUACGGAACGCACAAAAAUAUUUCAGAUACAUCACUCUACUUAAAGUAUAACUGCGUUUAUACCGUACAAUAAAAAAAAACGGC